AUGGGGUCUCUCAUGGCUGGCUGGGACUCGCCGGUUCUUGGCGACGACGGCAAGAAAGUUCUCGCGCGCCGGAACCGAUCGCUGACUAAGGAGGAAGUGGAGGCGUUCUGGAAGCAGCAGCGUCGGAGUCGGAUGUCGUCGGAGGACGGCGGCGAGCUCGCCUCGCCUCUUGCCUCGCCGCCGGCCACCGCCACGUGGCAGGAGAGCCCGUUCGGGAGCUCGGAGAGGCCGGCGGUGGUCCGCGUGGACGGCUUCCUCCCGGGCGGCGGAUCCGGAGACGACGACGCGGCGGACAGCCCCAGCAGGAGCCGCGACUGGUGGACGCGGAGCAGCUGGGCGUUCCUCAACGAGCCGCCGCAGGAGGAGCCCUCCGCCAGGGCGCAGCGCUACACGCCGCAGUUCCACGUCGCACACAUCGCCACCACUCGCGACGACUGA